CCGCUCUCAGUCUUUUCUCUGGAUAAGAGCUUUCAAGAGUUUUCGACUGCAUAACCUAAAAUCCUAAACCUAAACUGUUUAUAUUUUAGAGCAAUGUUUUAGAGUUGUUUUAUCUAUGUAAAUACAUGUUACAUGUAAUAACCGAUAAUGUUUUUUCAAUUUUGUGACUUGUGUCGCAAAACUACAAAAGUUCAGUCCAUAAUUGUACAGAGAUUUUAUAGAAAAGGUUCUAAAUCUAAAUACAAACAUGUUAAACAUCCUGAGGUACCAAAAGCCAUAAAAGAACAGACACCAAUAAUUAGUUGCAAAAGAAAAGAAUUUAAUUUUUAUAAAGGGCAAACGUAUUCCAAAUAUGUACCAAUACCACUGGCUACCAAAGGAUGGCAUCAUUAUAAAUCAAAAGGAGAUUAUUUCUUUAUACAUCCUCUUACAAAUGUGGAAGAAGAAAGCAAUUGUGAGUCUGACAAAGAGUAUGAUAGUUUUGCACAUUUUGGUUUGAAUCCAGAACUGGUCAAAAUCUUAGAAAGAUAUGAUAUAACAAAACCUAUGGACAUACAAACACGUGGAUUGCCUAUAAUAAUGAGUGGUGCUAAUACCGUUAUUGCUGCUGAAACUGGAUGUGGAAAAACAUUUACUUAUCUUUUACCUAUGAUUGACAAGAUUUACAGGUGGAAAAAAUUAACAGACACACGAUAUAAUUCUCCGCUAGGAUUGAUAGUGACACCUACUCGAGAAUUAGCAUUUCAAAUUGGGCUGGAAGCACAAAAAUUAUGUCAGUAUCUUGAUAUUAACACUAAGACUAUAACUGGAGGAAAAACCAAGAAAAUGAUGUUAAAUCCACCUGUGAGUGAAGUUGACAUUAUCAUAGCUAGUUUUGGAGUCAUCAGCAAGUUAACCACAACCAGAAUUUAUAAAUUAGACAUGGUCAGAUCUAUUGUACUGGAUGAAGCAGAUGCUUUGUUUCACGAAACAUUUGAAGAUAAAUUACAAGUGUUUUUGAAAAGAGUGCCGCUCGGAUUUAGGCAAGAUAUGGACGACACUGAACUACCAAUAGCUGCUCAGUUUGCACUAGCAUCUGCAACCAUGCCUUCUAGGAUGUCGGAAGUUUUACACAAUAUCAUAAAUGUGGACUCGUUAGUUAAUGUGACUUCGGAUAAACUACAUCAUAUUAUCGUGCCACAGAAAUUUAUGAGAGUAGGACCGGACGACAAACCAGCGGAACUUCUAAAGUACAUUAAGCCGAAAGUCGCUCAAAAAGAGCAAGUGAUCAUCUUUACUAACAAGAGCACCACUUGCAAUUGGGUCAGUCAAUUUCUGGAGGCAAGUAACAUACAAACGGCUUGCUUACAUGGCAGUUUGCCAUUUAACGUGAGAAGUAACACGUACGCCGUUUUCAAGAGUGGUAGAUGCCAAGUAUUGUGCACAACAAAUGCGGGUUCUCGGGGAUUGGAUACAAUAAAGGUACGCCACGUGCUGAAUUACGAAUUCCCAACCGCAACUGCCGAUUAUAUUCACAGAUGUGGUAGAACCGGAAGAGUCGGUAAGACUAAGGACUGCAGAGUGACCAAUUUUAUAAGCACCAAGUGGGACAUUGCUGUGGUGCACAAAAUAGAGAGAGCAGUUCGGAGGAUGAAACCGAUACCGAUAUUCGACAUAUCUGAGACAGAUGAAGACAAGGAUGAUGGUCCGGUAUUCGAGCCCGAGACAUAUGAGGAUGAUAAUGUGGAAGAAGAAUUCAGCAUACCGUACUGAUUAAAAUUUAUACAAAAUUAAACAAACAAUU